UGGAAAGAGAGAAGAUGAAAGUUCCUAUUCCAAACUUGAUACUCUUGUAUGCUACUCUAACUCAGAGCUUGAAGGUUGUGACCAAAAGAGGAUCAGCUGAUGGAUGCACUGACUGGUCUGUGGAUUACAAGAAAUAUCAAGUUCUAGUGGGAGAACCUGUUCGUAUAAAAUGUGCGCUCUUUUAUGGAUACAUUAGAGCUAAUUACUCCCUAGCCCAAAGUGCUGGACUCAGCUUGAUGUGGUACAAAAGCUCUGGGCCGGGAGAUUUUGAGGAACCUAUAGCUUUUGAUGGAACUAGAAUGAGCAAAGAAGAAGAUUCUAUUUGGUUCCGACCAACAGUGGUACAAGACAGCGGACUCUAUGCGUGUGUUAUAAGAAACUCAACUUACUGUAUGAAAGUGUCCAUUUCGCUGACGGUGGGUGAAAAUGACACUGGACUCUGCUACAAUUCAAAGAUGAAAUAUUUUGAAAAAGCUGAACUUAGCAAAAGCAAGGAAAUCUCAUGUCCUGAAAUAGAGGACUUUUUGUUUCCAUUUAGGGAGCCUGAGAUUCUGUGGUACAAGGAAUGCAAGUCAAAGACAUGGAGAUCAAGUAUUGGGUUUAUAAAGGACACUCUUGUCAUUCGGGAAGUUAGAGAGGAUGACAUUGGAAAUUACACUUGUGAGGUAAAAUAUGGCAUCUUUGUUGUCAGAAGAACUACGGAAUUAACAGUUACAGCGCCACUAACAGAUAAACCACCAAAGCUUUUACACCCAUUGGAAAGUAAGCUAACAAUUCAGGAGACCCAUUUAGGGGGUUCUGCUAAUCUAACCUGCCGAGCUUUCUUUGGAUAUAGUGGAGAUGUCAGUCCUUUAAUCUACUGGAUGAAAGGGGAGAAGUUUAUUGAAGAUUUGGACGAUAGUCGAGUCUGGGAAAGUGAUAUCAGGGUUCUCAAGGAACAUCUUGGGGAACAGGAAGUUUCUAUCUCAUUGAUUCUCAAUUCUGUGGAGGAAGGAGACCUCGGCAAUUACUCAUGCUAUGUUGAGAAUGGAAACGGACGCCGGCACGCCAGUAUUCUCCUACAUAAAAGGGAGCUGAUGUAUACAGUUGAGCUUGCUGGUGGGCUUGGUGCUAUUCUGCUGCUGCUUGUUUGUUUAGUGACUAUCUACAAGUGUUACAAGAUAGAGAUUAUGCUCUUCUACAGGAAUCAUUUUGGAGCUGAAGAACUAGAUGGAGACAACAAGGACUAUGAUGCAUAUCUAUCUUAUACCAAAGUGGAUCCUGAUCAGUGGAAUCAAGAAACUGGAGAAGAAGAAAGAUUUGCUCUUGAGAUCUUACCAGAUAUGCUUGAAAAGCAUUAUGGAUACAAGUUGUUUAUACCAGACAGAGAUUUGAUUCCCACAGGAACCUACAUUGAAGACGUGGCAAGAUGUGUAGACCAAAGCAAGCGACUGAUCAUCGUCAUGACCCCAAAUUAUGUGGUAAGAAGAGGCUGGAGCAUCUUUGAACUGGAAACAAGGCUUCGGAACAUGUUAGUCACAGGAGAAAUUAAAGUGAUACUGAUUGAAUGCAGUGAACUGCGAGGAGUUAUGAACUAUCAGGAGGUUGAGGCCCUGAAACAUACCAUCAAGCUCCUCACUGUCAUUAAAUGGCAUGGACCAAAAUGCAACAAGUUGAAUUCCAAAUUCUGGAAACGUUUACAGUACGAAAUGCCUUUUAAGAGGACUGAACCCAUCACACACGAGCAGGUUUUAGAUGUCAGUGAGCAGGGGCCCUUUGGGGAACUGCAGACAGUCUCCGCAAUUUCAAUGGCUGCUGCCACCUCUACUGCUCUUGCCACUGCUCAUCCAGAUCUACGCUCCACCUUUCAUAACACAUAUCAUUCACAGAUGCGCCAGAAACACUAUUAUCGAAGCUAUGAAUAUGAUGUACCUCCUACCGGCACCCUGCCGCUUACCUCAAUAGGUAACCAGCAUACCUACUGCAACAUCCCUAUGACACUUAUAAACGGGCAGCGGCCACAGACAAAAACUAACAGGGAGCAGAAUCCAGAAGAGGCUCACACAAACAGUGCGAUACUGCCCCUCUUGCCACGGGAGACCAGUAUAUCAAGUGUCAUUUGGUGAUGGAAAUGCAAGGGGCUGUCCAUCCCCUUGAGUAGAAGCUGAGUCUGCAGUCCGGUGCCUGGAACUACAUCCUCGACUGCUGCUGUUAAACAUGCAUU